AUGGCGACCGAGGCCGCACCCUCCUCAGCCGACGACACUGCCAAAACAGCGCGGCGCGACAUCUCGGACCACAAACUCACGACGCUCGCAGGCGUGCGGAGCUAUCUCGAGCAACACCAAGGACGCACGGGAUUCGACCUCCAGGCUCUCGCCGGCGGCACGGCAAACUACGUCUACCGCGUGACCGACCAUGACACGGGGGCGAUCCACGUCCUCAAGCACGCUGCACCGCAGCUCGCCAGCAACCCAGCUUUCGGUCUGAGCACCGAGCGGAUGGACUUUGAAGCCAACAUGUUGAUGCGGAAAGCGCUGGACGAGGGCGAGUGUACACAUGUGCACACCGAGAAGACACAUGUGCACACCGUGCCCUUUGUGUCAUACGACAACGACGUCAAGCUCCUGUGCGUCGGAGACGGCGGCGACAGGAACCUCAAGGACGCCUACGCGCAUCUCAGCCCGGACGAGAUUCAAGAUAUCGGCACAGAGCUCGGGAAGUGGCUGGCGAACUUGCACGGUGCAACGCCACUAUCCUACGUCGCCGCGAUUGGAGCUGACUCCGAAGCGCGCAACAACCCCGUCGGAGUCGCCAUAGCAGGCUACACGUACAGGCACCUGGCUGACGCGAUCAAGACGUACGGCGGCACCACAGCCAAGGCGGAGACAAUAAGCAACCAGGUAAACACGUAUUCCGGCGACCUCAUAGUCAGCGACAAGGAGUGUGUGUGCCACGGCGACUUCUGGCCCGGCAACAUCAUGCUGCGAAGCAACACAGCCUCGCAGACUCAUGUCUUAACCGUCGUCGACUGGGAGCUAACGCGCAUCGGCACGAGCGCGACAGACAUCGGCCAAUUCGCCGCCGAAGCCGCAAUGCUGGAUCGCUUCCACGGCAACAAAGGGCUGCGCGCUGCCUUUAUGCGCGCAUACUUUCAAACCAGCGGCGCGAGCCACGGCGCAAAGAAGACGCUGGUUCCGUGGUUGACGCGCAUCGCAAUGCACUACGCCGUGCACCUCGUCGUCUGGCCGGGCCGGGCCGUGCACUGGGCUCCCCCCGAAGCCGCGGCGAUGCUGGCGGACCAUGGUCUCGCCGUCCUCGCAGAUGCGGUGUCGAAGACUCCAGACCUCGGGACCUGGACGCUGUUCGAUGGCUUGCGUGGCGCGGAGGGUGGGGCGGGUGAGAUGAUGGAGGUUGCGAGAUGA